AUGCCGCGAGGCUCGCUAUUUUACAAGUCGUUGGACGCGGCGGCCCUGCGAAGCCACAUUGAAGCAGUCGAGGAUCAGGAUGCGCUGCGCAAGCUGCUCCCCGGACUGGGCCUAGUGGCCUUCGUGGGGAACGGCGCCGUCCUCCCGCGGAAGAGUGGAGUCGACGACCGGCCCAUGACGAAGAAGGACUCCACAAAUCUGGUGACCUUCCAGAGCCCUGCCUCAAUGGAGGUGACCCUGACCCUGCCGCAUGCAGGUGAGGUGACCGGUAUGGGAAUCCAGAAAGGGGUGACCCUCAUUGUGGGUGGCGGCUUCCACGGCAAAAGCACCCUUCUUCAGGCGCUGCAGCUGGGCAUCUACAACAAGGUUCCCGGAGACGGUCGAGAGUAUGUGGUCUGCGACCCCCAAGCAGUGAAAAUCCGUGCCGAGGACGGCCGCUCCGUGAAGAGUACCGACAUCUCACCGUUCAUCAACAACCUGCCGUUCGGGAAGCAGACAAAACAGUUCACCACCGGCGACGCCUCUGGAUCAACGUCCCAGGCCGCCAACAUCGUCGAAGCCCUCGAGAUCGGCUGUACCACAUUGCUGGUUGAUGAAGACACGUGCGCGACCAACUUCAUGAUCCGGGAUGAGAAGAUGAAGGCGCUGGUGGCCCCGGACAAGGAGCCGAUCACUGCCUUCGUGUGCAAGGUCCGAUCGCUGCUAGAGGAGCAGGGCGUGUCCACAGUCCUUGUUGUCGGUGGAAGUGGGGACUUCUUCAGCGUGGCGGACUCCGUGAUCAUGAUGGACGAGUAUGUCGCGAAAGAUGUCACUGAGCGGGCCCGCGAGAUCGGCCAGAAGUCCGCCGCUCCGAGCCAGGCGGCCUUUGGAAAGGUUGCCCGGCGCCGGCUGCAGGCCAACGGCCUGGCAGCCGAUGGCAAGGUGGCUGCACGAAACUUGAGGUGCAUCCAAUACGGCGAGACAGAGGUCGAGCUGAGCUGCGUCGAGCAGCUGGUGGAGAUCAGCCAAGCUUGCAACGUGCCGAACUCCUAA